CGAAAAGGAGCCGCCGCAAGCGGAGAAAAAUACAAAAUAAUUUGCCCUUGCCGAGGAGCAGCAGCACGGUGGUGGCCAAGUGGAGUGGAUGAUUCAGCCGAGAAAAACACGGAACCGCGAACCGACGACGAAUAAUAUCGCCUACCAACCCGUUGCCUGUUGUGCGUGAAAAUCCGUGUUCUCCUCCUGCAGAGGAGUUGCAGCCUUUGGAAAAGGUGGUGUGCCCCCCAACCGAAACAAAGAGAAAUCAUCAUCAUCGUCGUCGCCGCGGAACGUGUUGUUUUCGUCGUCGUCGUCGAGGGUUGGCCCCUCUUGGAGCGAGGAAUAGGCGGGAGGAGAAGGUGUUUCGCGCAUCUUAUCUCGCGCCAACAAUCGGCCUAGCGAAAAAGAAAAACGUGAAAUUGACUCCACUGAUUGUGUGCGUAUCCUUGACAUUUCAAGUGCUGUGGUUUCAUCAGCUCUUUCUCCAGGUGACCAGCUGCGGUGCUGUGUUCUUUGUUUACCAAUCGCGUUACUUAUCGGUACCGUGGCGGCCACCAAAGCAUCAUCGAAUUGGCGGAAUGAUUGAACUCGUUGGUGGCCCACGAGAUGACCGCCUCUGGAUGUCGUGUUAACCGGAAGUGAUGUGAAGGAUUUCCGCUGAAACUGUUGCGUAGUAGAAAUAUUGACCCCUCCCCCAACGCGCCCCCCAAUCACCGACCCAUCUUCCCACGUUUAAAGCGCUCGCUCCCAAGCUCUCUCUCUCUCGCUCCCGCUCUCUCGGCAAUCGCGUGCUCGGACUCUCCGCAGCGCCUUUACAGCGACGAAGAGAAGGCGCAGGCAAGCCAGCAGCAAAAGGCACGGUGCGAGCCUCUCGGUGGAAACCAGCCAAGGUCACGGUGCGACACAUUACGCGUGGUGUGUGGAGUUGGAUGGUGUGUUUACGUUUGCCCAGCAGCUAAUCGCAACCAGAACGAGAGUGCCUCGGUUUCGUGUAACGCGCGGCGGCAUUUACAUUGAACAACACAUAGCCACAACCAUCCUAGUGUACUGUGCGUGUGUUCCGCGGAUCGUGCGUUAGCGCCAAGGCAACGCACAGCAGGCCUGUUUGCUGUGCUGUGCCGUGCUUCUAUAACCGAAUCUCGGUGUCACAGUAACGGGGAGGCCACGCGAGGCACCUGCGGAUGGUAGUGGGGCAGCCCCACUAGCGUUAGUAGCGUGAGCGGUAGCCCAAGGGCGAGCCGUAAGCACGGCGACUAUCAUCAGUAGCAGCAGCAGCACCAGCAGCAGUCUAGUAGCAAAUCAAAAAUGAUGCAAGCUGAGGAUACGGAAAGUCUAUCUUGGAUCACCGAUAAGCCACAACAAGGAACGCUCGAUGGCAGCCCCCUUGCACGCCCACCGGAUGUAGUGUCGGGACCGUUCACAUCGCUCACACUCGAUCUUAACGACGUGGACGAUCUGGAGGAUCACCGCCGUUCGCCCGCAAUCAUGAACGGUGUGACGAUGCCGAGCGGUGGUCACGAUGGUAGCCGGAAGGAGCGUAGCUUCCUUCUAAUGGACGAGCAGGAACGGAUAUGCGUGAAAUCGGCGGACCAGUUCUGUAAGCGGCUCUCGGUACAGCCCGAAACGAAGGUGAAGGUGGUAUCGAUCUUCGGUAACACGGGCGACGGCAAGUCCCAUACAAUGAACCAUGCCCUGUUCGGUGGUCGCGAUGUGUUCAAAACCUCGUCCGAGCAGGCACCCGGUACGAUGGGCAUCUGGGCGGCGUACCAGCGCCAGAAGAACGUCCUUUGCCUCGACACCGAGGGACUGCUGGGUGAGACGGUCAACGAGAAUCGACAGAUGCGCAUGCUGCUGAAGGUGCUGGCCGUAUCGGACAUCAUUAUCUAUCGCACGCGCGCCGAACGGUUGCGCACGGAUAUGUACAAGUUUCUUGGGACCGCCUCGAAGGCGUUCACGAAGUACUUCUCCGGUGCGCUACAGGCACUCGAUCUUCCGGGACCACCGCAAGCCCUCGGACCGGCCGUAAUUAUUUUUCACGAAACGCACAACACCGAGGUGCUGAAGGAGGACGACGAUGGUAAGAAGGAGGAGGACAUACUGCGGGAACGGUUUGCCAAGCUGCGGCUCGAACUGAGCGCCUUCAGUUCGCUCCGGUAUGUUGGCGUCCGGACGACGAAACCACCGACCAACUACGAACCACUGCGCAUGGUGUGGGAGAAAGAGAUCCGCAAUACAGCGGUCCGGUCACCGCGGUUACCGCGGGUUGUGUUCGAGACGUUGCUCGCACUGAACAACAAGUUUAACGGUGAGCUGAGCCCAAUGCCCUUUCAAGCCUUCCCGGAGCAGUACUUUACCUGUACGACGGUCUGCAAAUCGUGUGAUGUUCGCUGCCAGCUAUCGAUGGGCCAUUUGGAGCUGAAGGAGGAUCAUCGGUCGGUUGGGGUGUGCAAGUAUCAGCAUCAGCACGAGAACAAGGUGUACCUGUGCAAUCGGUGCCACGUGAACGGGCGUCAGGUGGUGGUCACCAUCAAGACGCAGAAAUCGACCGAUUCCUCCUGGAUGGGGUUAGCGCUGUACGCGUGGAGUGGCUCCGUCAUCGAGUGUCCGCACUGUGGUGAGAUCUAUCGCUCCCGGCAGCAUUGGUAUGGGAACAAGUCACCCGAACAGAAUGCCGUCCGGACGGAGAUCGUGCACGUGUGGAAUGAUGGUGGAUUGCAGCUGCACGGACCGAAACAUUCCGCCCAGCUCGUCCUGGAUGGGGUGGCCUACAUUACCGAUGCCAUGGCAAGCGUCGGCUCGCAACCGACCAAGCUGGUCAAGUCCUGGGUGACGGACAAGAUCCGUCCGACCUACUGGCGACCGGAUAGUGAAAUCAUUUAUUGUAAAGGAUGUACCUGUAACUUUGAGCGGCUCGGACUGAAGAAGCAUCACUGUCGUAGCUGUGGCGAAGGUUUCUGUAACUUUUGCUCGAAACACGAAUCAGCCGUCCCGAGCCGCGGCUGGAACUACCCGGUCCGGGUGUGCAACAGCUGCUGGAACGAACUGCGAAACGGUGGUGUACCGGCGGGGGCCACAGCGGCUGCAGUCGUCGGUAUGCACAAUGGUGACAAUGCGAAUGGGGAUGAUGCGGAUGAUCAGGAGCACCAGCAGCAGCACCGCCAAUGUCAGUCCUCAGGCAACGGUGGUGGGUCCGGAAACAUGAACAACAACCACAACAACAAUAACAAUGGCGUCGAUGAGGCCAACAACGUGCUAGUUCGACGGUACGGUGAAGCCGUAAUUAACACAAUCAGCAACAUUGGUGCCGUGUUGGAGUAUCCAAAGGACUUUAUUAAAGAUUCAGCGAGGCCGUCGUACUGGGUGCCAGAUGGGGAGGCACCGAACUGCUACAUCUGUGAUCUGCUGUUCGGUUCACCGGAGGAGCUCAACACGGUCACUCCAUUGAUUCAAGCCACGACCACUACCACCACCACCACCACCACCACGAACGGAGCCGGUGGAUCAACGUCAACAACCGCAUCACCUUCACCAUCACCGGCCAAGCAGCAGAAUGGAAGCACUUCCACCGGAAGCGCGAAACAGAGAUCACGAUCAACGGCAGCCACCGGAACAGCUACCGGUUCGGGUACCGCACCGGCCCCUCAGAUGGUCGAUCGGCGAAGACAUCACUGUCGUGCGUGUGGUAAUGCGGUGUGUGCUAUCUGCUCGCAGAACCGGCGACCCGUACCGAAGCGAGGAUGGUUGAGUGAUGUCCGUGUGUGCAACACGUGCUACACCACCGAAGACUAAGCAGAACCCCGAGCCCUAACGGCGGUUCCUCGAUGCACUAACCUCCCAUCACACCUCGUUCGUGAUACCAUCACCCUCCUUCUGUCCUUUCAGAAUCGUCAUCAACGCAGUUUUUUUUCCAGAUAUACCUUAAUUCUACCAGCAGCCGUUAUUACUCCGCUUCUGUUCUGUUUUGUUUCCUUUUUUUUUAUUUAAUUUUUUUACAACUAUUUUUUGGAUUAUGAUGAGAUUGUUUAUGAUUGAGGGUGGUAUUGCCUAGCCAUUUUACAUUGGAUUUGAGUGAUAAAAAUUGAAUUGUGCGGUGGCCGCUCGCCACACGGUACGGUGACUGCUACAGAAAAAAAAAAAAAACAGAAUGAAACUGAAAUUCGAAUUGUGAUGAUAUUUUGCCUAGCCUUAUGAUAAAGUCCCUUCCCCCCAAGGGGGGAGCAAACCCACAGAUUCUAUUUAGCUCGGUUCUCUCGGAGACCUAUCCUUGCGGACCUAGCCAAACCGUGUGAAGUGAUCUAUUACCUUAGUAUUUUAUAGGAUUUCGCAAGUUUUGUUCCCUUUCUUUUUACAAAAAAAAAAACGUUGAAAAUGGUUUUAACUUUUAUAAUUGUAUUCUCGAAAGAUUCGAUAUAUCCGGUUCGAUAUUGACCUUACGCUUAUUUGGCCUAGUGGAGGGCGUAGCUAGAGAGCGUUUCUAUGCAGUUCUUCUAUAGUGCUAGUUUUGGUUAGGGCUGUUAAAGAAAUUCGUAUCUACUGCAUUCAGCACUCGGGGUACACUCCGGGGUAUAAAAAAUUGGGUAGAAAAAUUGUUUGUGACGAGACGGAUAGAUGACGAGGCUUUGGUUAAGGAGCCAACCUGAGAUGGUUUAAAAAAUCUAAAGACCUCUUGCACACACUGACACCCAUAGCCAAUAUGUGAGACCGAGGAGAGCAGUUAGCGGUUAGCACGUCUUCUGUCAUAAUCUGUAGGACACUAGCAGCAGCAAGACAUCGCGCUAUAGUUUAUAUCGGAUUGACGAACGGGGACACCGGAAGUCGGAAGUAUCGGAUGGAUUCGAAACCGAAAUGUUUUAGCCAAUAACAGCGCAAUCGUCGUAAUUGAAUAAAGAAGCCAUCUUAAACUCGAUCGAGCACCCUCUCUAUCACACAUUGUAGAGCGAUGACGCGAUCGUUAUACGCGAGUCCAGCGAUUAUCGCAAUGCAGAAUUCAAGGUGGAAUCGGAGUUCGUAGUCAAAAGAUUGAGUGUUCUGAUCUAACCUGACCGAAUGCAUGCGCCGAUGUUGUUCGUAGUUAAAGGAAUUAUAAAUCCAGCAGAGCCAGAGCUACAUCCCCGGUAUCUCAAUAUAUGUAUGUAGUAAUAGCAAUCCGUAUGUAUCCGGUGUAUACAGACAGACAUAUAUACAUAUACAUCUAUAUAUAUAUAUUUCAAAUAA